GACAUCCUCCCCCCUCCCACACACACACACACACACACACAGACACACACACUCAGACGAGAGGAGACGGAGCAAACAAGACGUGAUGGCUUCAGGCUGAAAACACACAUCCAUCGGCUGCGUCUCAGGAAAACAUGGAUUCAGAGUCUCUUCUCGUUCUGAACCCUCGGAGUGAUAAAUGACCAAAGACGUCCUUCAGUCUCUGACCUGCCGCUCUCACGCUGCACUUCUUCUCCUUGUAGUGAAGACUCCAGGAACACAUGGAAGCAGAGGGAGGUUUUAAAUGGACACUUUGUGGAUUUCCUGAGGUCUGGAUUUUAAAACCCAAUAAGAAUGUGAUGAAGUCACUGACCACAGGCUCAAAUAAAGGGCGUGUCUGAAGUCAUAGCCCCGCCCUUCUGCAGCGAAGAGGUCAACAACUUAAAGCGUUGUUGACAGAAGUCGAGAAGUCUCAGAAACACACGUAGAUCUGAACCCAGAUCUGUUGAAUCCCUCUGACAUGACUGCAGGCCCUGAGACGAGCGCUAGCCUGUCGUUGUGACAUGUUUGUUUAGAUGUCGUUUAUCUGAACGUCUGUUCCGGCUGACGAGAAACGCUCUCUUGUCCGAACGUCUGGCGCCCCCCCCCCCCUGGCCACAGAGUGGAAUAAGGGGCGUGUUCAGGGGUCCAGCCCUCGCAGAUGGAGGCUCACCAACACUCGCCAGACAGCAGCAGUGAGGAGUGCACCGUCCUGGAGGCUCCGCCCGGAAAAAACAACUGCCCACAACACGCAGGGAACGUGGCUGAUCUGUACUGCUCGGCCUGUGAUUGUGCGCUGUGUGAUGACUGUGUGUCCGACCACGAGGAGCACCCCAGGGUGCCGCUGUGCGAGGCCCUGGAGCAGCAUCGUCUCAGCCUGCAGGAGAAGCUGGGCUUCGUCCAGAACAGACUCCCUCAGAUAUCAGACGCCCUGUCCUUCGUUAAGGAGAUCCUCCAGCAGCUGACCAGUCAGAGAGCUUCCAUCGAAGAGGACAUCCAGUCCAGCUUCGAGGACCUGCACAAGCAGCUGGACGUCCGGAAGAGUGUCCUGCUCAUGGAGCUGGAGGUCACAUAUGGACUCAAACAGAAGGUCCUCCAGGCCCAGGUAGACAACCUGGUUCGGGGAGAGGGGGACAUCAGUGCCAUCUGUACCCAGACGGAGGAGGCUCUGGCUGGGGAGGCAUGUGUGGCGAACCUGCAGGCAGAGCGGGAGCUCGGGGAGAGGUUGGCGGGGCUCGCCGGUCUGGGUAUGCCAUGUCAGCCGGAGGAGAACGACCAGUUGGAUCUGGUGCUGGAGACCGACGUGCUGAGGAAGUCGAUACACAACCUGGGGACAAUCGUCACAACCAGUGCGGUGGCAAGCCAGAGUGAGGCAAUGGGCGCCGGCCUGGAGCAGUGCAUUGUGGGACAUCCUUCCUCGGUUACCAUUGUCACAAGGGACAAGUCAGGGGGAGCCUGCAAGAGUGGCAACGCGAUCCUGUCAGCUGAGGUUUUCACCCCAGAUGGCAGCAUCGUGGACGGGGAAAUUAUGGACCACAAGAAUGGCACUUAUGAGUUUGUGUACACAGUCCCGAAGGAGGGCAACUUCUCGCUGGCACUUCGUCUGUACGACCAGCACAUUAAAGGAAGUCCCUUCAAACUAACCGUCACCAGGACCUUGGAGGUCGACGUAGAGUCUCUCCAGGUGUCUCCUUCCACCACCACAGCAACCAACUCCGCCGCCAACGCCACCCCGUCUACAGGCUCCUCUGAUGGGACCAAGAGAAGAGGGAAAUCCCCCGGGCAGAAGAAGAAGGGCUCUAAAAGGGCCAGCAGUGCACUGGGCACCCCAAGACGCAAAACUCAGAACCCCAUUGAGGAUGACCUCAUCUUCAGGAUCGGAACAAAGGGGAGGAACAAGGGAGAGUUCACCAACCUUCAAGGAGUGGCCACCUCCUCCAGCGGCAGGAUACUGAUCGCCGACAGCAACAAUCAGUGUGUCCAGAUGUUCUCCAACGAGGGGGAAUUCAAGAGUCGUUUUGGGAUGAGGGGACGGUCACCAGGGCAACUGCAGCGCCCCACGGGCGUGGCCGUGCACCCCACUGGUGACAUCAUUAUUGCAGACUAUGACAACAAGUGGGUCAGCAUCUUCUCCUGCGAGGGCAAGUUCAAGGCGAAGCUCGGCUCGGGCAGACUCAUGGGACCAAAGGGCGUGUCUGUGGACCAGAACGGUCAUGUGAUCGUGGUUGACAACAAGGCGUGCACUGUCUUCAUCUUCCAGUUGACGGGCAAGCUCAUCACCAAGUUCGGUAGUCGAGGCAACGGUGACAAGCAGUUUGCAGGUCCACACUUUGCAGCAGUGAACAAGAACAAUGAAAUCAUUGUGACCGACUUCCACAACCACUCGGUCAAGGUUUUCACCCCUGAGGGAGAGCUGGUGUUGAAAUUUGGCUCAAAUGGUGAAGGGAAUGGCCAGUUCAACGCUCCCACUGGUGUAGCUGUGGAUGUUAAUGGGAACAUCAUUGUGGCGGACUGGGGCAACAGCAGAAUACAGGUGUUUGAUGGCAGUGGUUCCUUCCUCUCCUACAUCAACACAUCGGCAGACCCUCUGUAUGGACCCCAGGGUCUGGCUCUCACCUCAGACGGACAUGUGGUCGUGGCCGACUCCGGCAACCACUGCUUCAAAGUCUACCGCUACCUACAAUGAUGACAAGAGAGGUGAAGGCAGGAGAGAUGGUCGGGAGGAGCAGCUGUAGAAGACGAGAGAUUCCACCCACCAUGUCAGACUCCAGGAACUAUUGCAUGAACCUGUUGUGCUGACCGUAACGAAGGAAGGAGGGAUUGCUGGAAACCAGGAGAAACAGAGGAAGAGGAUUAGCUGAGCCAUCACAACAUCACAAGAGUUCUAUGAAAAUAAAAGCAAGUAUUUGAUCCUUUUGAUGAAGUGAUCAGAAAAAUGGAGAUGUGGAUUUCAGGGACCGGAGCCACCAACACUGAUCUUUGAACUACACCCCUUGAAAAGUCUAAAGAGUUUGACGUGGCAGAUGAAGAGGAAGAUAAAAAUGUUCUGCCUUAUGCAAAUUUGAGAGACAUCACUGAAUGGGAUGCAUGAGGGCUGCAAGGCAUGAGGAGUAAAAACUGUGAUCCAAAGACGGAUUAAUGAUGUCAAAUGACGACUGAAUCGAUAAAGACUUUUCAACAGUGGAGGAUAAAAACCUUAAGAAUGGAAAAAGGGAUCGCAAAAGUAUCCGAGGCAUGAAUGACCGAAGGAUGUUGAUUAAUUGAUAUCAGGAAGGAAAAUGGUUUUCUCUUGUUUGACUUUCUCAUAUUGUUUCUUCAAGUUCAAAUAAUGGCCAGUGGACUAGAAGGGGUCUAUGUCUUGGUUUGGCUUCAGUCAUUGGUUCCUCCACAUUAAAUAUUUCACCUACAUCAUUUGUACAGUUAUUUGCAUUUGUACAUCGAUGACAUCACCUCUAACUUUUUGCGGCUAAUUUGACCAAAUACCAACUUCCUCUUCAGGCUACAUCCACGUGACUACGUUUUAGUCUCACAACUUAGCAUUGUUGCUAUGGCUAUGUCUCGGAGCUAACACUACGAUGGAGAACCUUUGUUUAACCAUAUUUUUGAAACAAAAUGUAUUAGUAUGUAUGCAGCCCUCGAGCUUGUUAGGACACAUUGGAUUUUAGUUAUUCUGUGAAAUUCCCAGGUUAAUAGGUUAAAGGGCACCCAGAAGAAUUUCCUUUGAUUUUCAUUGAAUUAUAGAAUCAAAAUGUCAUUAAUAAAUCAUCACUAGACUAAGACAUGGGCCCCUUUUAAUCUACUGUUCCUUGUUUCUACAUUAGGAUUGUCUGAAAAUGGAAUGUUUCUUUUCUACCAUAUGCUAGAAUUCUUUACAAGUCGUAGGCAUCAGAUUGAUAAUUAGAAAUGAUAGCUUGACUCUGACUUUGAUUGUUUGAAUGGGUUGAUAGACAAGCACCACUGUCUAUCUUUGCUUGCUUUGAGUGUUAUUAUAUUUUUCCUUAGAAAUCCGUCCCAAGGAAGAAGGGGAAAAAAAAUAAUCUAUAAAUCUAUCCUAUAUAUUUGUGAGAAUUAAUUUAAGAAAUAUCAUGUAAAAUGUCAAAGUAAUCUGCAUAUUUGGAAUCAGCAACAGAUUUAGACACUCAUUUCUGCUCGCUGGGGGCGAAAGAACCCCCCCCCCCCCAUGACUCUAGAAUGCAUUAAGAAUUGUGCUGUUGCCUGCUUGUACAAUUCCACAUGGUCCGUCAUCUGCCAUAAAAAAUGUCCCUCGUUGUUCUAGAAGCAUGCAUGUGACUGUCGACAUCGAACCUACCAGAUUUUAAAUAUCAGCUCCCAUUUUACUAACAGUUCACCCUCACGAAGCCGAUUUACAGUAAUGUUAACUAGAGCAAAGGACGACUGCAAAGCAUUUAAUCUUCACUUUUGGAAAAUGCUCCAUCAUAAUAGUACAGAGCAUUUAUGUCAAUUAUUGAAUGUCUUCGAAAGGGCAUUUAGGGUUACUCACAGCUGGACAGUUUGACCGACAACACUGGAAAUACUGAGGAAAUGUGAAAAGUGACGAAUGUCUUUGUUGAACUAACAGAUGCUUGUGGUCAAUCGUUUACAGUAUGAUGUCUGUACUGAAGCAGCAAAUAAGACAAAAAGAAUAAUCAAUAAUGUGAAUACUCUUUGUUCACAAAAGAUCUGAGGCACUUGUUUUGAUUUGUUUAUUGUUCAUCUUUUUAGGUAUUUUAAUCUUUCUAUCUCUCCAUCUGAUUGUGUUUCACCAUGUGCAUUGAAGUUCUUAAGUGCCCAUUAUAUCUUUUGCUUUUAUACGUAUUUAAUCUGUUACGUUGAAUCAUAUAUGAUUGUUGGCAUUUGCUUCUUUUUUCUCUUGUUGUUGUUUAUGGACAAAUCAGUGUUAAAAGUUUUAAUUCUGUUUUUUUGUCAAAAGGAAGUUGUCAUGUUGCGAAGGGAAAGCUCGUUAGCAUAGCAUUUAUUAGCAAACCCAUUGCACUUUCUUAGCACAAAGCUAAUCAAUUUCAGUGGCUAAAAAUACAUUUCAGUGACCAAAUAAAAAAACACAGAGCUGCUGUUAUUGCUGAUGAGGUCACGAGGUUCAUUUUCUAAGUAAGUAUGCAACUAGCUACAAGCUAACGUGUAACGCUGGAUGCUAACAAGGCUCGUACUUAGUGUCUCAGCUAACUUCAAGAAAAUGGCUUAGAAACUGACAUCUGCAUAUUUAACAAUCGUCAUUACAUUGAAUAACUGGAUUUCAGGUCUUUGAGUUUCGAAAUCCAACCUGUUUUGUUUUGUUUUUGGUAAUCUGAGUUUUGCAGGAUAUUCAGCCGUAGAAAUAUCUGAAUGUGGUUUGAAAGUUUAUAAGAUUUCCUUUGAGUAACACGGAUUCAAAAUAAAAAAGGAUCAAAUAAAUUGCUAAUUUGCAGAUUACUCGUCCAUUUGAGGGAAAAUGUUCACGAAACAAUCAAAACAGCAAAACAUGCAAUUUAUCAUUAGAAGUGUUUAAGUGUGACUUAUGUGUGUCAUUGUCGGUUUGGACCAUGACAUGAAAAACAUUGAUCACCAGUUUGACUUUUCUCCUCAAACGGAUGUGUAGUAUUUUAGAGAACAGCUCUGAAAUCAGUGUUCAGUGUGUUUCAGCCUCACUUGCCUGCUCUUCCUCUCUCUGUAUUUACUCUCUGUCAUGUCUGAUCUCCUCAAUACUCACAAACACUCAACAUGGAAAUAAAGCGUCACUUCCUUAA